ACUGUGUUGAAUUUUUAAAUCUUUAAAGUGUCAAUGAGUUGUCAAGCAGAUCACAACACCGUAUGUUACAGCUUCUCUCAUCACUCCGUCGUCAUAAUCCAAUAUCAAAUAUUUCGUUGGUGGCGAUACGUCGUUUGUAAAUAUUUUCCGACACUUCUAAAUCGCGUUAUGGGCGACCACGAGUUGAACUCCAUCUCGCCUGAUCAAAUCCUGCCAGAUUACUCAAGCAGGGAUUCUUCAUCGGAUCAUGUAAAGCGACAACAUUCGAGAAUUUGCCUUUUGGCUGCUGUCGUGUUCGUGUUGGGAGUUUGUUGUCUCGUAACUGGAGUGGUGCUAAUUGUUUUGUCGCAAACCCAGAAAACUGCCACGAAAGGCAAGGUUUCAGCUAAUGCCAUUGACGAAGAAGGACCAUGCAAUAUGACAUGCUUUAGCAGCAAAAAUGACUCAAAAAAAGAAAAUCCCUGUGCGUUUUCUUUGGAAGCGAAGCUUGCAGGUUUAGAGUCCUUUUUCGCCAAGGUCAAAGGGGUACAGAGCAGCUUCACGCCUUACAAAAGUUAUUUCACCAAGGAUCUUUUCCAACCUUACGAUCCAGCGCCGAAGACAGCUAAAAUGUUAACCGACCAAACACGAACACUUUACGAAAAACUUCUGGAGAUAAGAGCCAGCUUGAACACGGGAAGACUCAAGCUAAGAGAAAGAAGACUUUUAGCAUUUGCUGAACACGAAUUAAAGCAUUUCUUUGGGAAACCCUACGAGAACAAUUAUUACACAGGAGCCUGGAUGUUGGGUCCCAGUCAGAGAUGCAAGUCUGAGCCAAUCGCCUCGCUGUCAAGUCACGUAAGCCGAGGACUGUACAUAUUUCUUACGAAGGAGAACAAAACUAUGACAGCUGCAGAAGAUGCCUUGAACAUGCUGCCAAAAUAUCAACAAGGUAUCGAUCAGUACAAACUUAACCUACAGAGAGGCGUGACGACAGGAAUGGUCCGGUCAAUAAGCGAAUGCGCCGAGGGAAUAGAGUGCGUGAAACAAUAUAAUCUCGACCUUUUUACCCGCAAAAAGCCCGAUGCUGUGUUGUCUUGGUAUGGGGUACACUCUCGUAUACAAGACUUCGUAUCUCAUGUUCCGAUACGAGAUUUAUCUGCAUGGAUUGAGAAAUAUGGUAAAAAUAUGUCAGAUUCCCUUUACGAUGGUGUCAUCAAAUUUGUUGGAAAGCCGCUGGUCAGUUUGUUUGAGUAUCUUGAAAAUGAUCACAUGACACACUGUGUACCCGGUAAUGUAUCCAGUGGCCUGGGAACGAGGCCUGUCGAUCAUGUCUACUUAAACGGGACAAGAACAUCAAAAACGACAAAUCAAACACUGGAUGGCACGGAAAAGAUAAUGAAGGGAAAGGACGCCUAUAAAGAAAUUCUAUCGUACUUUACUACGACAAGCUACACCCCAGGCAAGUAUUCAUAUCUUGACCUUGACCAGUGGACCAGGCAGGGGUGAUACAUGCCAUCUCAACGAUUUCAGUGAAACUUGGCCAGAUUGAAGGGCAUACCCAAUAACUCAAAGAGCCAAAACGGUUUCAAAAUUGCAAUUUUCCGGGGGACUUACACCACCCCCUACUUUUUUUUUUACAUAAAUUCCUUUAAAUACUACACUAAAUAAGGGUAAAAGUAGGGGCUCUCAAACAUGAGCAAUUCAUCCAAUUCAAUUGUGGCUUUACACGACUGUAAAUACGUCCUUCGUGAGUUAUAUACGGGAGUUUCAUGUAAUUUGAAUGAUAACCUGUCAAUCAAUUUAAGUUAAUAACUACCCAUGUAAAAUGGCAUGGCAAACUAUGGUGAUUUUGAGGACAAAUAUCUCCAGUGGCCAAG